CUUUCGGAAAGUUGUAAAAUCACCUGUUUGUGUCGUGUACUGUAUAUUGUGAAAGAUGAGUUUGGGAGACACAUAAAUGCUACAAACUGACUGACAGACGUUCGUACUUUUAAAAAUGGACUCAUCAUCACCAUGUGAUGAGCAAACUGUUGUGCCACAACAAGAGUCAAAGUCUGAGACGGAUGACAGCAAUGAAAUUAAUGCAUCUCAAUCUGAGAUCAAAGCAAAUACCUCCAGCCAAUCAGAGACCACAUCAGACAUCACCAGCCAAUCAGAAGGAGGAAUAAAAAACCCUGAUAUGCAUAAAAUUCCUGUGAAAGAAAUAUAUGAACCUGCAGACCUGAAAAAAUGGGAACAAUCAGAGGGUUACAGGGAUUUGGUUGGAUUUAUUACUGCUAUCAACGAGGCCGUGAAGGGGAAGAAACUAACCGAUAUUUACCAUCUCUCCAAGACAACAGAAAACCUCUUGGCCAUGUUAGAGAAAAUAUCAAAGUGGAUUGACGAGAUUCCUCCUGUUGACCAGCCACAGCGAUUUGGAAACAAAGCUUUCAGGGACUUUUUCAAAAGAUUAAAAGAGAAUGCAGAGACACUAGUUAUGGAAUCCAUUGGGGAUAAUUUUGAGGCCUGCAUUCCGGAAGUGUCAACAUAUCUCUUUGAAGCUGUAGGAAAUGACACAAGGAUAGAUUACGGUUCAGGACAUGAGCUUGCCUUUGCAGCUUUCCUUUGCUGUUUGUUUAAAGUUGGAGCUUUAACAGAACAAGAUGCCCCAGCAGCAGCACUCAAGGUGUUUGAAAGGUACUUACAACUUGCCAGGAAGUUGCAGACCGUGUACAGAAUGGAACCAGCUGGUAGCCAUGGCGUCUGGAGUCUGGAUGACUUCCAGUUUCUCCCAUUUUUGUGGGGUAGUUCACAACUUAUAGGACAUAAAAGGAUCUUUCCCAAAUCGUUCGUGAAUCCUGAUAUAUAUGAACACUUUGCUAAGGACUACAUGUUUCUGGGAUGUAUUAAAUUCAUCAAUCAGGUAAAAACUGGUCCUUUUGCUGAACAUUCAAAUCAGCUAUGGAAUAUCAGCGGGGUAGCAAACUGGGAAAAGGUGAAUUCAGGCUUCAUCAAGAUGUACAAAGUAGAGGUACUAGGUAAAUUUCCAGUGAUCCAGCAUUUUCUCUUUGGAAAUCUUCUGUCCAUCAAACCAGCUACAUGAUUAGGUGCUGCAGCUAACUGGAAGCCUUGUUGACUUUUUUAUAUGUGCAUACAAGACCAGAAAAUAUAAGACAUAGCAAUACUACAUAAAAUCAGCAGAAUUUCAACAGAUUUCAAACAUACUGCCAUUAGUGAUUUAAUACAUGUACAAUUAUGGAUAUUUCAAAGAUAAUUUGAUAUGCCUGUCUGUUCACUUUUACAAAAGUAUGGACUAUUAGAUCAUAUAUAUUUAGAUAUGAUUUUUAUAUAUUGCUUAAUGCAGAAUAUUUGUAUGAGAUACUGUGUGUGUUAUGUAUAUGCAGUAAUAAAAAUCUGAUUGCAACUUCU